CACUGCUGUUGUACUCUUCAGCAAGGCACUUACUGUACCUAAAUUGCUAAAAAAUAUCCAGCUAUAAAAAUCUUUGAAUUCAAGAAUCUGCAAAAUGCUGAAAUGUAAAUGUGUUGAUUGUUCAUUAUUGUGUCAGAGUUAGAACUCUGAAGACUAUACUUUGUUUUCCUAUAUUUUUGGGGUGCUCCUAUAUAUUUUACGUUACAUUACAUUGCAGGCAUUUAGCAGAUGCUCUUAUCCAGAGCGACUUACACAACUUUUUACACAGCAUUUACAUUGCCUCCAUUUAAACACCUGGAUACUGAAGCAAUGCAGGUUAAGUACCUUGCCCAAAGAUACAACAGCAGAGUCCAACCCGGGUAUUGAACCUAUGAUCUUUAGAUCUUUACUUACCCAAGCUCCACCCCAUUAUACUACACAGCUUUACAGCACAUUGACUUGGUAAAUAUGGAAAUUGGAAAUGCCAGAGGCAUUUCAUUAGUCUGCAACACAAAACUUGAGGUGCUCUGAUUUGAGUACUCAGUCAGCACCCAGAUAACGGCAUCGCAAUGAGAACUGCGUUUGUCAACCUGAUAUUAAGCAGGACAGAAAAAAAGAUGGAGAAAACAAUUGUUUUAUGCGAAUUUAGUCCUUUGAUGUAAUUAGAUGUAAUGUAUGCAUUACAUAUUUAAGUCAUCCUUUUUUAUUGAAAUUUAUGUAGUUAUUUUUAACUUAUGAUUUCUAUUAUUGACAAAAUAUAUCACACCUGAAAAAAUUCGAAGUGAGGAAGAGUGUUUGAGAGAAGUAUUGCUGGCACAUGCACCCUAGCCUUUGUCCUGACCUGGCUCAGCUUACUGUGGGCAUGGGUGUAACACAGUCCACAGCCUCGGAUAGGAUUGCCUAUUUCGGCUGAUUUUUCUGUUUGCAACAGUAAUAUAUACAUGUAUUGUCGUAAAUUGUCAUGUAUUGAAGAUGCUCUAUUACCAUGAUAAAUGUAGCUUUAAAUGUAUCUAUCUGAUACAUCUUGAGCCUGUAGCUCAGUGUCAUUAUUGGCGGAGGGAAGCUGAGAUGACUUUUUAGAUCGUUGUUUCUUUGUUUGGUCUGGUUAGCUCAAGUCCAUUUUCCUGAUCUGAAAGGCUCAUCCUUGACAUUCUCCCUGUUCUGCGCUAACUGGGCUGAAUGAGUCGCGCGUUUCAGUCAAUAUCUAUCGACCUGUUUUCUCUGCGCGGCUUUCUUUCCUGUUCGGCUUGUGGUGCUUUCUGUGGCUCGGAGCAAGUGCCGCUCCGUCCUUCCGUUCUGUAAUGCAGUAUCAUCAGAGAUCAUAAGCAGCGCUUCCUUUAACAUUGAGUCUGUGUGAGGGAAUGUGCCUGUGUGUGCGCGUGUGUAUUUGUUUGUGUGUGUUGGUACAUGUCUGUGUGUGUGUGUGUUCACGCACGUGUGUGUGUGUGUGUGUCUGUGUUAUGAUAAUAUGUUCUGUUUUCCAACCCUACAUCUCUACAUGCCAGCUUGACCUGCUGCGACUUGCACUCCCUGCUAUCUGGGUGAAUGGUUCUCGCUCGUCCCAAUCACAGAGCUUCUCCAUCCUAGCUCCCCAGUGGCAGAACAAACUCCCCAUUCCUCUACGAACCACUCAGUCAUUGCCCAUCUUCUGCCAUGGUCUGAAGACGCAUCUCUUCCGACUGUACCUGGACUAACUAUCAUUACUCUGCAGGGCACUCUCAAUCUAGGAUCGCUCUUAUUACUUGUUAGCACUAUCAUGUUACACUUGUAUCUCUGUACAGAGCUUAUAUUACACUUGUAUCAUUAGCUUGAUAGCUCGUCGUCAUGCCUCCUAGUUUGACUUACCAUAACUUUCUGACCUAGCCUAUGCUUGGACAUUAUGCUAAUGACUAUGGAUAACUGUUACAUAAUGAGUAUUAUACAUUAUAAGACCUGUGUCUUGGGGCUGUUCUUGUGAUCUUUGAUAUGCACUUAUUGUAUGUCACUCUGGAUGAGAGCGUCUGCCAAUUAAAUGUAAUGUAAUAUAAUUCAUGCUGGGGUAAUACAACUGAAGGAAAUAAGAGAGAAAUGUUACAGUGUACAGCAACCACACACUCUUGUGUGUGGUUGCUGUUAGCAGAGGUUUGGAGGAGUCUCCCUCCUUUCAUGCAGUAUUAGUUAUAUAGUAUUAGAUGAAGUAUUUCAGAUCCAUCUUCCCCAGAUGUCCUUCCCUGAGUGUAGUGUUGGCACAGCGACGCCAUGUUGAUUUAGACGGCGUCCAGUUCUCUCUCGAUUGCAGCACUGUGUUUUCUGUAGGAAAGCUUUUACAGUAGGGGAGGAAAGUUUUCAAAGUGGUAAUGAUUAAACCAGCGUGUUUCAGAAACUCGCACAGAUAAAUAAAACACUGCCAUGUAGUUCAGCUGCAUGUCGGCCAGCGGACACGACGCGGGGAGAAUUUCUAGAAGGGCGGUGCGGCCAUUUUGCACGUAAAUUUUAAAGCAGUGCAUGCAAUUUCAGGUACAACGUAGACUCCAGAAGCUCGAACAUUUCAAAACACGAAUCUGACUAACGGAACUGUUUUUAUUUCCUUUCCCGCUAAUCGCACGAUGAGCAGAAGGACUUCCUGGGACAGACGUUCUGCACCCUGGGGGAGAUCAUCGGGUCCACAGGCAGCAGGCUGGAGAAAACCCUCUCAGGGAUCCCAGGGAAGAAAUGUGGUCUUAUUAUCUUCACCGCGGAAGAGCUAAGUAACUGUAGGGAUAUAGCCACCAUGCAGUUGUGCGCUAACAAGCUGGACAAGAAGGACUUCUUCGGAAAGUCGGACCCUUUCCUGGUCUUCUACCGCAGCAACGAGGACGGAACGUUCACGAUCUGCCACAAAACGGAGGUGGUGAAGAACACGCUGAACCCUGUGUGGCAGCCGUUCACCAUUCCCGUACGGGCGCUCUGCAAUGGCGAUUAUGACAGAACGGUCAAGGUGGAUGUGUACGAUUGGGACAGGGAUGGAAGCCAUGACUUCAUCGGGGAGUUCACCACCAGCUACAGGGAGCUGUCCCGGGGGCAGAGCCAGUUCAACGUCUACGAGGUCUUGAACCCUAAAAAAAAAGGAAAAAAGAAAAAGUACAUAAACUCUGGCACGGUCACGCUGCUGUCCUUCAAAGUGGAGUCGGAGUACACCUUUGUGGAUUUCAUCCGCGGCGGGACCCAGCUCAACUUCACUGUGGCCAUUGAUUUCACAGCAUCCAACGGGAACCCCUCUCAGCCAACGUCCCUGCACUACAUGAACCCCUACCAGAUGAACGCCUAUGCCAUGGCGCUCAAGGCCGUGGGAGAGAUCAUCCAGGACUACGACAGCGACAAGCAUUUCCCCGCCUACGGCUUCGGCGCCAAGCUGCCUCCGGACGGGAAGAUCUCGCACGCCUUCCCUCUGAAUAUGGACAGCGAAAACCCAAACUGUGUGGCAAUCGAAGGGGUCCUGGAGGCCUACUUCCAAAGCCUUAGAACUGUUCAGCUGUACGGUCCAACCAACUUUGCUCCAGUCAUCAACCAGGUGGCAAGGUCGGCUGCAGACGUGACAGAUGGCUCACAGUACUUUGUCCUUCUCAUGAUCACAGACGGGGUCAUCUCCGACAUGGUGCAGACCAAGGAGGCUGUCGUUAAUGCCGCCUCCCUGCCCAUGUCCAUCAUCAUUGUGGGGGUGGGACCCGCUGAGUUUGAUGCCAUGGAGGAGCUGGAUGGGGAUGAGGUCAGAGUGUCCUCCAGGGGGCGCUAUGCAGAGAGAGACAUAGUCCAGUUUGUGCCGUUCCGGGACUACAUCGACCGGUCGGGGAACCAGGUCCUGAGCAUGGCCCGGCUGGCUAAGGACGUGCUGGCGGAGAUCCCCGACCAGCUGCUGUCCUUCAUGAAGUCACGGGGGAUCGAGCCCCGCCCGGCUCUGGCGGCCACGCCCUCACCCGCCCUUCACAUGCGCAUCUGAUAAGGGGCGGAGACUAAGGGACGGUCACACCACUGUCACCGCGCCUACCCUCUUCAGCCCCUCCCCCCCCAACAUUCCCCAUUAACUCGAGUCAUACUAUAGAUAAUUCAGGAUCCUCCAAGAAAUCCACUUUUUGCUUUGCAGCUUUGCAAAUUUCUUGUCUAAACACUUCUCUGCAGCUUCUUGGGCAAAUGCAGAAAAAGACAAUAUUCUGUUUAAGCUAUGAGUAGCACAUCCACUAGCUUGUGCCAAGCCGCUGGGAAGGAGACGUUGCUUACGAGCUCCAUAUUGACUCUCUCAUCUUUUCAACAAACUGCCAACAGACACCGACUCCAGGAUGACUCCAGUCCCAGCUGGUACAUCAGCGUUGAUCUCUCCCGCAUCUCCACACCUGUUUUCUUUCAGAUAAGGACCUAUACCUGCAAAAAUGGUUCAGAGACCGACUAAGCAAUGCUCUGAUCAAACUCUCCCCGCUUUCUGUCUCCCCAAAAUUGUGUUCCCCGGUCACGGUUGGGGAGGUUCGAAAGUUGUUCCUUAUUUUUUCGACGCACAUGCACAAAUGUUUGUUUAUCGAUUUAUUUAUUGAGGAAAAGCGUUUGAGAAAAAAGACGCGGGAGAGAAGACGGUGAGUGGCGGGCCACCUGUUCGGUAGUGCCAGCUCCCCCUCCCCCGCACUGCGCGGUGCAUGUCAGGAGCGCUCGUCUCCUGCUGGAGCAGAAAUGCCAGUUGCCCAGGAAUCCCUGCAGAGUUAGCACCGGGCCGGGGGUUGGGGAGGGGGGUGGGGGGGGGGGGAUGCCAGCCUGCCCAAAGUCCCCGCAGGCGGGGAGGAGGGGAGGAGGGGAGGGCUGGCACGGUGCGUGUCGGGCCGUGGUUUUGCUGAGGAGGCAUCGACAUGGCCUCAUCCUGCUCGUUCGCCCAAAAAAAGGAUGAGAUCUUGAGCGCCCAGCUGCCGCUUGAUCGCACAGAGCCCGCUAAUCUGCCCGGCGGCCGCGGGGGCUACAUGUGCUCCACUGUGCGGCCAGGCUCGCCUCGUUUGUCCCCAGCUCACACAAGGCUUUCCGGCUUACCGCAUGACAGAGUGACUGCGUGUCUUCAUAGUGAUGACGCACAGUAAGUUUACACUGUGGUUUUCAUGGUUGGAGCUGGUUAGAGUCCGGCACGCCAGUGGUUUCUGUGCACCAGAGGAGACCGAGAGACGAGAGGAGUGCAAUGUAUUCUGCUGGGACCCUGUUGGAUGAAAAAUAGAGCACCUGGGCAACCCUUUGAACUAUAAUGCAACGAAAGGAAAUUUGACAACCUUCGUUCAAGUUGAGCUACUCUGUACUGUGCAGAAGUGGAAUAUCUGGUCAAAUCUAGAAUAUCUGUGGUGGCAUUCUGAAGAGAAUUCCAUAGCCAUCAAAACACACCGCCCAAAGGCUAAUUAGUGGCUGUAAUCUCUCUCUUUCUCCCCGUUCCUGUACAAAUAGUUCCUGUUUAAUUCAAAACUAAAAUUAUCUGAACCUCAUGCUGUUUUGUUUGGCACUCAGCAACAUAUCUACAACUACCCACUGCUUGUUCAUUCUAGGCUGAUUGAAUCAGAGCAGCAGAACCUGCUUUGCUGAUUGGAACGUUUGUUUUCACAGAUCAUUGCACAUGAAACAAACAAAUUAAAACAUCUCUCCUAUCAAUUGGACUUCUGCUAAGUGAGAUAUUAAGCUUGAAAUUUGAUAGUCACCCAAAUAAACAUUGUAACAAAUCAUUCCAUCCAUUAUCCAUACCCACUUAUCCUGGACAGGGUCGCGGGAGGUGCUAGAGCCUAUCCCAGCAUGCAUUGAGCGAGAGGCAGGAAUACACCCUGGACAGGCUGCCAAUCUAUCGCAAGGCACACACACCAUCCACUCAUACUCACCAAUUUAGAGUCUCCAAUCUGCUUUCGGACUGUGGGAGGCAACCUACGCAGACACAAGGAGAACAUGCAAACUCCACACAGAAAGGCCCUGGCUGAAUUCUAACAAGAACCUUCUUGCUCUGAGGCAACAGUGCUGCCCACUGAACCACCAUGCCACCCUACAUUGUAACAAAGAAUACUGAAAUAAGAAAUAUAAAAUUGCGGCCACAGGAUGUAAGUUGAUAAUACAACGACAUCCGUUUUCCAAAUCUUUUGAAUACUUUUUAUCUUUUGAAAUAUUUAUUCAAACUUGACCUCCGUUUAGUGUCUUAGCAUGGUUGUUCAGUCACAAAACCCAAUGUGUUUGCCAGCCUUUGAGAAGAGAGAGAAUUGUUCCUGUUGUGUGAACCAGCGGGGAGAAUAUCCCUCAUGCCUCUCCCCAUGAUCGCCUGCCUACUCCUUCACUCCUGGCUGCAUCGCUAAGCCGUCACGCUUAGCGAGCGCCACAGAGGCUAAAUGGGAUUAUGGGGGAUUUCUUUUCAUUGUCCUUUGUGCAGGUAACGGAUAAGCCAACGCUGCCAUUUUUCAGCCAUGCCCAGCAGUGGGCUGAGGACAGGAAGUGCUAAUGUGGGGGGCAGGAUGUUGUGGCACAGAUGUGGAGCGAGGCCUUUUUAAGGGGGAGUCUGGGACUGAGUACACAGCAGGGGGGUCUGCAGCCCCUCUCCCAGAAACCCACAGAGUUUCAGCUGCAGGGUCAGCUUGUUUCUGUGAUCUCCUUAAAAUCAUUAACAUCUCUGAUGCUAGAAACCAGAUGAGGUACGUUAACUAUCAGCUACUUUAUUUGAUCAGUUAAGUGUUGAGUAACAGGAAAAACUGGCAGGCUCUCCAGGACCCGGACUGGGGCCCCCAGCAAACCCUACAACGCUCCAGGACCAGAAUUGGGGACCCCAGCAGACUCGUCAACUCCCUAGGACCAGGGCUGGGGACCCCAGCAGACCCAAACAACUCCCCAGGACCUGGGCUGGGGCCCCAGCAGAACCUGCAGCUCUCCAAGAACAGAGUUUAGGACCCCGCAGAUCCUGCGGCUCUCCAGGACCAGGCAAUAUAAAAGGAAUAUAUAAGAAAGGGUAACGUACUGAUCCAAGAAACUACAGUCCUGUCGGUUUAACUUGCAUCCCAUGUAAAAUACCGGAAUCUGUCCUUAGAGAAGGUAUCUAUCAUUAUUUAUUGAAAAUAACAUCCUAAGGUAUAGCUAACAUGGUGAAGUGGAGUCCCACAAGGAUCGGUGCUGAGACCGCUGCUCUUAUUAACAUAGAUGACCUAGACAGGAACAUUGAAAGUACAUUAGUUAAAUUUGCAGAUGAUAUCAAACUGGGAGGUUUAUCUAACAGUUCAGAAUCUACUAAAGCGAUUCAAAAAAUUAAUCCAGAGCUACUUUAUGGGGUGAACAAAAUUUUGUAUGUGCUCAAUUUUGAAGACUUGGGAGAAAGAGUUCAAAGCCUGUCAGGUUCUAGGCAUUGUGCUGUAUCAGUAAAAAGGGCAACAGGAUGCUAGGCCAUGUGGUAGAGGCAGCAUCCUUUAAUGGUAGAAAAAUGGUGAACAUUGUUGGGCUCAAUGGCCUGUUGUCCAGUGUGUUAUGUUACGUUAUGUUAUGACUGGGGACCCCAACAAAUCCUGUGAUUUUGUGGGUCCAAGUCUAGGGACCCCAGCACAUCCUGAGGCUCCCAAGACCAGAGGUACAGACCUCUGGUCUGUUGGGACCUUGUUGAGCAUAUGCUGGCUGUGACAGACUAUCCUGUAGAGAUUUUUGAAUUCUGGAGCUUGGGAGGGUUGUCUUUGUCUUCUUUGGGUAGGAGCUCAGAUAUGAGUUUCAGUGGGUCCCCCCUCACCAAAAACCACACUGCUCUGCUGUGGGACGUUUGAGUCAAACUCCGAAACAGACAGGCGGGGGAGCCCCCGGCACCUGGGAACAGAUCGGUAUCGCAAAGGAGGAAGUCUAGGCAUGUGGCCUUAUUACCAGUUUCCCAAAUUUCUGUGCAUACGUGUGUCCCUGCCUGCAUGUGUGUGUCUGUGUGUGUGAGGGAGAGAGAGAGCGAGAGAAGAGAGAGAUUUUUAAUGCAGUGUUGAAUUUGUAAUAAUAGUGUUUCCAGUGUGUCAGCUAGUGCGAGAGACCAAGUGAGUGUGUGACAGCGAGAGAGAGGGAUACAUUUGUAAGUAUGGAAAAUUUGAAAGAGACGGAGGUGGAUAGAUAGAGGGCGCGUGUGAGUAAGUUCCAUUGGAAUUCCAUUGGGAAGAGAGAAUUAUUCCCACCUGAGCACAAGAGUGUGUGUAUCAGAGAGAGUGUGUAUGUGUGUAUAUGAGUGUAUGUAUGGAUGAGUGUGUGUAAGAGAGUCUGUGAAUGAGUGCGAUUUGUGUGAAAUUGGUUGUAUUUUGUGACUAACUUGCUAUAUCCACAUUUGCAUGCCAGAAAGAUUUGUACAGUGGUUAUUGUUGUUGCUGUGUAUCAUUCACUAAUGAUAUUAUCAUUACAUGCUGAAUGCAAACACAAUGAUAUUACAUAUAAUAUGUGCUGUAUAGAGAUUGUAAAAACACAUUUAUGUGCAAUUUGUCAGUAUCUAUUUACAUUUAUAAGUGUUAUUUUUGUCUGAUGUGUUUACAAACAGGAACUGCCUAUGUAGUGUAAAAAUGAGAUACUAUAGUUUGUACUAUUGAAUUUGUUUAGACCACAUCAUUAUGUAUAGUGUAUAAUGUAAUUAUAGAUAUGUCAUCUUAACACUCUGGGUGUACAGUAGAGCUAGAUAUGGUGUAAACUGAACGCAUAAAAAUUAUAGACAUACAUAUGUCAUGUAAACUGUAAAAAGCCAAACAUUACAGAGGGGGCUAUUUCUCAGUUUGUGAACAAUGAAGAGGAUUACUUUUUAUACACCAACUAUGCCAUAUAUUUCUUGAUAAAUGCAUGAAUGUGCUGUAUAACAUGUGUGCUAUUUCAGUGUUAUCUCUAGUGAGGAUAAGUUUCAUGGUCACUCCUCUACUGUGCAAAGUGUUGCUGUUGGUAAUUUUUUCAGCUGUUCCAUUUGAGGGGCUGUGCGAUGUUUGCACCCUCUUCCCAAAAUGCAUUGUGUAAAGUUGGUCAUGUUCAUGUACACUGUUUUUAAGUGGCUGGUGCCAGACUGUGCACAAUAUUGUAUCUAAUGCAAAGACUCUCUGGAAGACCCUGUGCAAAUGCUUUGUCUUGCAUUCGAAGUGUUUCAAAAGAUAGAAAUAUGUACUUAUUUUAUUCUGAUUUAUAAAGAGGAAGAUCAGUCAAUCUCCUUUCAAUAUCAUUCUGAAACACGAGAGCUAGACGUCUGACAGGAUGUUUCCCUUCUGCAUGGAUGUUAACUGCGAGGAUGGAUGUUCAAUUCUGGUAGCAGCCCAAUUAACAGUCUCAAUGUCGAUUGGUUAAAAUGUAAACCAUCCCAUAGUGUACAGUAUAAGAUAUUUAUUGCUUUCAGGAAAAACAAAAAACUUUUAAGUCCACGACUGAAUAAAACAGGGUUAAUAUAAUAGCAUUUUUUCAGUGGUUCUUUAUGUAUAAUAUAAAUUUAAUCUAAUAUAAUUUAUUGAUUUCCUUGGUCUUUAAUUUACCCAGAAGUGGAAACUUUCACUGCAGGCGUUUUGUUUGUUGUAAUAAGGAAGCUCAUGGCAUAAUUGGCAUGCUGAAUGACAUGUUAUUGCCACGGUGAAUUACAUGUUUGCCAAUCAUAUACCUGCUUGUUGGGAGGUUAUUAGCUUACAAAAGCACAUUCAUUUUACAAUAUAUAUCUUGUGAGCCAGGGUUUAUUGUGCCUAUUGAGUCCAGGUUCAUUCCGAACCAUUUCGGGUAUAAAAGCUGGUCCCACUUUGUAUUAAUUAGCCUUUAUAUCUGUGUAAUUACAUUGUAACUACAACAGUAAGUCCAAUGAAAGGGCUGUGUAUGUAUAUGUUGUAUCAUUAGUAUUACUAUGUUACAACCAGUAGCUGUAGCUGUAUUUCAUGUGUUUAGCUUCAGUGGCCAUAUUGUCAAGUCACAAUUUUAAGCACAAGCAAAUUUGUUCGAGCUUCCCAAAAUCAUGAUAGAAACUUAGAACAUGCAGUGCUUGAGACUAAAGUGCAUGAAAUUUUACAAAUUGUAAAUGAAGUAUUACAGUGUGUAUGCACACUGCUGUUACACUUUACAUACCUCUGUUAGUACAGUGGACUUACAUGGGUGUUAUGGGCACGUAAUAUAAAGUGAGACCUUUGUUUUAAAGCCUGUCUUGCACCACAAGUUUGGACCGCAGCUGUGUUGUCACUAUGGUCCUCACUGCUGGUUGCUGUAUCGCAGUAAACACAUCUGCUUGGACUAAAUAAAGCGACUGGACUUUCUCAUUCCA